AGCCAGGGUCCGUUGUGGUCCGGAUUUCUAGGUUUUACUGGGCUGUGAUGGGUAUGUAGGUCGCGAUUUGGUCUUCCUGCGUCCUCCUUUCGCCUCUGACUAUUGCAGUCGCCACAUUGCCGAUUAAUCAUUCAAAUCGUGCAGAGCGCUUUACGAAGGGAAAAACCCAAGAGUUUUGGGGGGUAUCAAGUGGUUAUUUAGUCCCGUUAUUUCCGUGAUUUAUUGCACAUCAUUGUAAAUUUAGGAACGCCGGUUGAUGUUCAAGAAUACCAUUUUUUAGGGGAUAUAAGAUUAACAUCUGUCCAAGGCUUUCGAGGCUGCAGCAGUUCAUAGUUUAGGGUUUUGUGGAAGAAGUUUGAUGCGAGUUCUAGAGCUAUUGUUGUAAAUCUGUUGAAUUUUGGGUUUUGCAGUGUUUCUAUAUGAGCUCGAGACAAUUUAUCCCAUCUCCAUGUGAUCGGAUGAAAUGCCAGAUAGACAAAACAACAAAUCUGAGGGUGACAAAAUGACUACUAGAGACCCUCCCGACGAUGCUGAUGAGGACGACCCCGGAUUUGUUGAAGUAGAUCCAACCCGUCGCUAUGGACGGUAUGCGGAAGUAUUGGGUAAAGGGGCCUUCAAGACAGUAUACCGGGCAUUUGACGAGGUGGAGGGUAUCGAGGUAGCUUGGAACCAGGUGAAAGUGCAAGAUGUUCUGCAGAGCCCCGAGGACUUGGAGCGGCUGUACUCGGAGGUACAUCUGCUGAAGACACUGAAGCACAGGAACAUAAUAAAGUUCUACAAUUCGUGGGUGGACACGAAGACGAAGAACGUGAAUUUCAUCACAGAGAUUUUCACUUCCGGCAAUUUGAGGCAAUACCGGAAGAAGCACAAGCACGUGGACAUCAAGGCGGUGAAGAAUUGGUCACGGCAGAUAUUGCGGGGUCUGCUGUACCUGCAUAGCCACGAUCCGCCGAUCAUACAUCGCGAUCUGAAGUGCGACAACAUAUUUGUGAACGGCAAUCAGGGAGAGGUGAAGAUCGGGGAUCUGGGUCUCGCAGCGAUCCUUCGGCAGGCACAUGCAGCGCACAGCGUGAUCGGGACACCAGAGUUCAUGGCUCCUGAGCUGUACGAAGAGGAAUACAAUGAGCUGGUGGAUAUAUACUCGUUUGGGAUGUGCCUGCUGGAGAUGGUGACGUUCGAGUACCCGUACAGCGAAUGCACAAACGCCGCGCAGAUCUACAAGAAAGUGUCAUCGGGGAAGAAACCCGCAGCGCUGGAUAAAGUGAAGGACCCGGAAGUGCGGGCUUUUGUGGAGAAAUGUCUGGCCAAGGCAUCUAAGAGGCUUCCCGCAAGGGAUCUUCUGGUGGACCCGUUUCUGCAGUGCGAGGGGGAUCGUGAAGCGGUGGAGGCUCUGCCGACAAUUACUCUGUCAAAGACGCGGGCGGAUGACUUCGAGGAGCUUGGGGUGAUUUGCGAGGACAGCGCGUCGAAGCAGAAGGGCGGGGAGUUGAACAGUAUGUAUGAGGCGGACAACGAACGGGGUUACGGACAGGAGAGAAGAGGUGGUGGAUCCGGCGACGACGAGAGGUCGGAGGGGCGCGGCUCUGGAAGGUUGGCAGCAGCGUCAUCGGGAAGGCGUUCGGACGAGGAAGACGAUCCUUCGGGGAGCACCCGGUAUGGUAAAGACCGUGUGAGGAGGAGCAGCCGCGAUUUCCGAGUGAAGGGGAAGCGGAAAGACGACGUCACAAUAUUCUUGAGAGUGCGAAUUGCUGAUCAUGACGGUCACAGCCGCAACAUCCACUUCCCUUUCGACAUAGAGGGCGACACGGCAAUGUGCGUUGCGAGCGAGAUGGUGGAGGAGCUGGACCUGUCGAACCAGGAUGUGACGACGAUAGCGGAGAUGAUCGACGCAGAGAUCUUGGCGCUGGUUCCGGAAUGGCGACCUGGAGUCGCCGUGGAUGAGGGCGGUGUGGAGGCAGACAGUGCGUACCCGACAGUUGUGGAUGGGUCAGACGAGGUGGGAUCAGGCGAUUCUGUGGUGGAAGAUCCGCCGAGUUCGAGUUGGAAGGGGCGAGCCGUGUCUCCAAGGUUGUGUUCGGUGGGCGGGACGUCCCCUCCAAGGAUGGUGGAGGGCACAAUGCACGGGCGAUUCGAGGAAGUAACGUAUCCGGCGCGCGCGAGCAGUUCUCGACGUGGUUCAGAGCCGAUCUUCACGAGCGAGUCGUCGGACGAACGGGACGAGUCGGGGGAUCAGGGGUCGAAGUACGAUGGGUCGCCGGAGAGAGGAUCGGGUGCGUCGUGCUCGAAGCAUGGUGGUGGGAGGGAUUGGAGCGGGGGGUUCAACGAGUUGGUAGAGAGGCGGAGGAAUGCGGGGACUGCUGCGUACUCUCACGAGCCGUGGGACGUGCUGCAUCAGAACGAGGAGAGAGGGGACAGUAGCGUUGAGGAGGAGUUGGCGCUUUCAGGGGAGGAUGAGGAAGACGAUGAGGAGGCGAUUUCACGGAAGCUGGAGCAUCUAGCGCAGAAGCAGAGGGCGGAGUUGCGGGAAAUGCACAGGAGGCACGAGCAAGCGAUGUCGAGGCUUCGGAACAGGCGGAGGGGGAAGGGGGCGUCGUAUGGGGAAGCAGGGCGAUCGGUGUCACCUGGGUCUCAGCGGACGGAUUCGUCGUGCGAGGCGUUCCAUCAGGCGGAGGCGAGGAGGGCAUUGGCGAGCGGGUCGAUGUCGAACGCAGCGUGUGGGAGGCAGGUGGGUGUGGAUGGUGGGAACGGCAAGUCGGUGGUGGAGGAGGGAGGCAGGAGGGGGUGUGCGGAGGGGAAUGGAGGUGUCGGUCCUGCGGAUUUUAGAGUUUUUGGCGCACCAAAAGCGUAUGGGUUGGGGCACAACUUGCAAGGUCAUGUUGUGAUUGACAAGAGGUCAGGAGAGGGAUCGGCAUGGAGGUCGGAUGCUGAGGGAAGCGAUCAGGGGAAGUCGCAUAGAUGUGGGGAAUCCGGUGCAAUGAGUGGUGAGGGCGGCGGAGCGCGGUGAAAUGAGCGAAGCGAGUCGUGAGGUGGGUGGUAGCGUGGUAGUGCAGAUGCUUGUAGAGGUAGGAUUUAAUGCGUUCUUUUGGAGUGGAGUAUAAAUAGGAAGUAAUUCGUUCUUGAGCCUGGAUGAAUUUCCAAGUUUUAUUAUCUUCAUUUGGAGGGUUCCCCUCGCUUUAUUGCCAAUGUAUCUUCUUCGUCGAAGUGAUAGUUAUGUAGCGGUCGUUGUGUUGAUUUUUUUGGAAGUAUUACAGCAUUUUUUGCUGCGUAGGAUUAUGUGAUGACACCGUCGAGUAUGGAUUCCUUGGGCGUUUUGAUUUUAGUAAUUUUCUACAGCAUGUACUUUUCUGUAGUUUGAGUUUUGUAAUGAUACUUUAUUGGGUGUGUA